AUGUAUGUCCAAAGAGAAAGCAAGGAACAAAUGCUAAUCAAGCCCGACCAGCCAACCAAGGAAACUCAGAAAGUCAAACUCAGGGGCGAGCAUUUGAAAUUGGAGCAAGGGAGGCCAGGCAUGAUUCUAAUGUGGUUACAGUUUGAUCAAUGGCAGAAGCAACUGGGCCUGCUAACAAGCCAAGAAAUGAAGAGAUUGGUAGCUGAGACUGGACUUUUAUUGGCUCACCGUGUUUUGAAUAAGCUUGAGAUGGACGAGGAGUAUGAGGGAAAUCUUGAGGCGACUGGGGAAGAUUACUCUAUUGAGCCUGCAGACAGUAGAAGGCCUUUUAGGGCUCUUCUGGAUGUGGGUCUUAUCAGAACCACCACUGCAAAUUGUGUUCUUGGUGCUCUCAAGGGAGCUUUCGAUGGUGGACUUGACAUUCCGCACAGUGAAAAGUUUGUUGGAUUCAGCAAGGAUGGUAAGCAACUUGAUGCUAAUGUCAACCGCAAGUACAUUUAUGGCGGGCAUGUUGCUUCCUCCAUGGGGACUUUGAUGGAAGAUGAGCCGGAAAAGUAUCAGUCUCACUUUUCUGAAUACAUUAAAGCUGGAGUUGACUCGAAAAACAUUGAAGAGUUGUACAAGAAGGUGCAUUCAGCCAUUCGUGCUAAUCCAACCCCAAAGAAGUUGGAGAAACAACCUCCAAUGGAGCACAACAGGUUCAACCUGAAGAAGCUAACAUAUGAUGAGAGGAAGCAGAAGCUUAUUGAGAGGUUGAAUGCUCUGAAUGCGGUAGUUGGUGGCGUAGAAGCUAACAUAUGCGAGCAGGCUAUUGGCCAUUCUCAAUUUGAAUCACUUCUUCCAUUGGUUUUGGGCCGUGAUGUUAGUGGUGAAGUGCUGCAGUUGGAGGGUCUGUUCAGACUCUUAAUGUUAGGCAGGAAGUUUUUGGUGUAUUGCACCCAACAGCUGGAUCCCAACUUGCAUUUUGUUGAGUCUCCUACUCUUUCUCCCCCAGAAGUGCAAAUGAACAUUGCUGAUAAACAACAAUAA